AUGUACCGUCAUGAAGCCAUGCGGGUAUACACAGACAAAUUAGUGGAUGUCGCGGAUAUUACGCAAGCGAGUAAAAUUAUUGAUACAGGCCUUCAUACGGUGUUUGCUGAAGUCCCAGAGAGUCAACUAACAGCUGAGCCAUUAUUGUUAUGCAAUUUCACCAAUGGUUUAGAUUCGGACAAAAUUUACGCAGAGGUCAAGAGUAUAGAGAGUAUUAGUGAAAUUCUAAAUGAAGCCUUGGCAAAUUAUAAUGAGCAGUACGCAGUAAUGAAAUUGGUGCUCUUCAAUGACGCUAUUUGUCAUGUGUUGCGCAUAUGCCGAAUUCUCGAUAUUCCAAGGGGUAAUGGGCUACUAAUUGGUACAGGAGGUUCGGGUAAGCAGAGUUUAUCUCGCCUUGCCGCUUUUCUCUGCAAAUAUGACGUCUCACAAAUCAUCUUACGUAAGGGAUAUGGCAUAGUAGACCUGAAAGCACAUUUCAAUAUGCUGUUCACUCGAGCCGCCCUUAAGAAUAUGCCCUAUGUGUUCUUAAUGACUGAUGCUCAGGUUGCCGAUGAAGCCUUUCUUGUCUGUAUUAACGACUUUUUAGCGUCGGGUUCCAUCCCUGGAUUAUUUACUGAAGAAGAAACGGAAACUAUUAUUAAUGGGUUACGAGGAGAAGUUAAGUCUAUGGGAUUUAUAGAUAACAAUGAGAAUUGUUGGAACUAUUUUAUUGAUAAAGUUCGAAAACAGCUGCGAGUAAGUGCAAUGGCUUGGCACGAUUAA